AUGGUUUGCGCCUUGAAGACUCAAGUAGUCGAGUCAGAUGAGUUUCUACGGACGUUCUGGGAACUGGAGCACCUUGGCAUAUCCGACUCAGUUGAAAGACCUAAUGAAGUCAGCAAGGUCAUGCAACACCUCGAAAGCAUCAUAACAUACUGCGACGGAAGGUAUGAAGUGGCGCUACCUUGGAAGGAGGGAUGCGAGCUUUCCGACAACAAGCAAGUUGCUGUGACAAGGCUCCAUAAGCUGCUUACUCGUCUAGAGAAGCAAAAGGGAUUAUUACAGACAUACGACGACACCAUACGCGAGUACGUGCGAGCGGGACACGCCGAAAUUGUUGAUGACGUUCCUCCGGAGCCAGACAAGUUGUACUACAUGCCACACAAGGAAGUCAUCAGAGAGCAGGCGUUGACUACGAAAGUACGGGUGGUUUUCGACGCAUCAUCUCAUGACAAGGGAUGCAAGUCUCUCAAUGAGUGCCUUGAAAAGGGAGACAACCUCUACCAAGACCUUGGGAAGAUACUUCUGCGUUUCAGGACACAUCCUAUGGCAGUAAUCGCUGACAUAGAGAAAGCAUUCCUACAAAUAUCCAUACGGAAAGAAGACAGAGGCGCUUUUCGGUUCCUGUGGUUUGCCGAAGGUGACUUAAUGGGUAGUCAGCUCCAAGAAUGGAGGAUGACUCGUGUACCCUUUGGAGCUACAUGCAGCCCAUUCCUCCUCACGGCGACCAUCCUUCACCAUGUGAGGAGAACGCAAGGUGUCAAAGAGAAAACGUCAACAAGACUGGCCGAGUCCUUUUACGUAGAUGACCUGGUUACGGGCGCCGACACGGAAGACGAAGCUGAAGAACUUUGUCGUGCAGCGCAACAAAUUAUGAAAGCAGCGGGAAUGGUCCUACGCAAAUGGACCACAAACUCACCUAACCUAAUGGUUGCACUGGAACGACAGAAGGAGUCUGCCAGUCAAGAACUGGUAGUGCUUCAUGAGCAAUCUGUUAAAGUUCUUGGCGUUGCUUGGAAUCCCGUUAAGGACGAGUUCAGUUUCUUGGUCGACUGA